CCUUUUACUGUAUUUCGAGGUACCCAGCGCAUAAUUUUGUAUACAUUUCUUGAGAUUUUCUUUUUAACACUUUUCAUGUCGAUGGUACACAUAUUCACUGGGAUAACAUGUAUGAUGAGGCUCAUUAUCCGCAACCGUUACAGAGGCCGCCCAAUUCAUUCACGUCAGGAUACCGAAUUUAUCGAUGACAACGGUAUUCCAGUACCAAUUCUUGGAGAGGCAACGUCUCUGAAAAGUGCAAACAGUGGUCGAAGCGGACGUCUGACCAAAACACUCAAGAAGUACUUUUUCCUGAUUUUUAAAAAAAGGCAUAAAACAAAGGAUUUCGUAGGUGAAACUCUGAAGACAAUUUCUACAACAUAG